AUGUUGGGAAAGCGAAAAAGAGAGUUCGCGGUGGCACCGCGUCAAACGUCCCUUGCUACAACUCAAGGAGGUCAGGAAGAUGGCGGUGGUUCAUCCGUCCAGGAUCACGAUGUCUUCCGCCGCUACUUCGAGGCUGCCUUUGAACCGUUGCCGGCCGUUGAGAAUGGGGUGUCUCAAGGCGAAGCAAAACUCGAGGAACGGUCCCUUCAGGCCUCGGACGAGGAAUCGGAUUGGGAUGGUCUCUCAGAGGCAGGAGAGGAGAAGCUUGAAGUCGAGAUUGUUGAGCACGGGACAACAGCAGUUCCCCGAGAUCACGAUGAUGAUGAUCCCGACAGCGUCGAGAGGCAAAGGCUACAAUACAGACACUUCAUGACGUCGAAACCGCCGAGUCGAAAUGAGCAGACCCGAAACGGGAUCAUCCCCGGCAAGCGGGCCGAGAAAGAAGCAGAUGACGAAUCUGAAGCGCAAAAUCUCAAACACGAUCUUGAUCUGCAAAGACUACUGAAGGAGUCUCAUCUACUGGAACAAGCGAAAGCGUCGACGGUGGUCGGUUCUCACCGCCACAAAGCAGUCGAUAUGCGGAUGCAGUCGCUGGGCUCGAAGGACUCCCUGUUCACGCAGGAGAGGAUGCCGCUGUCGCACCGGCGGGGCAUUGCGGCCAAGGCGGCUUCCCGGCAAGCUCUGCGGAGGAGGGAGGCGAAGGAGAAUGGCAUCAUCCUGGAAAGGGCCGGCGGCAGCAGCACAAGCACAGGGAAGAGCAAGUCGAACGGGAUUCGCCGCGAGCGCGCUGUCGAUGUUCCUGCUGUGGGCCGGUUCCGAGGGGGGACCUUGAAGCUCAGCAAGCACGAUGUGUUGGACAUACAGGGAUCGGGUCAGUCUGGGAAGAAGGGACGAAAGAAGACAGGCCGCCGCCGAUGA